AUGAAUUUUGACAUAAGCUCCAUAGAAACCGAAUUUCAUUUUUUUAAGUUUUUGGUUAGUUCUUUUAUUUAGAAACUUACAUCUACGAAUAAAAUUGACGAAUAAUAGCACCUAAUCCUUCAGAAUAUAUCAUGCGAUAAAAAACUUUAUAGUGAUUUGAAUUGUAUUAAAUUACUCUUAUUUUUCAUUCAUAAAUAAAUAGGUUUUGAUGAAUAAUUGGAGAACAGAUAUGAGUAUGAAUCAGUGGACCUGUAGCCCUUCCAUUAUGUAGUAAGCUUUUAAUUAAACUUACUAGAUAAGUAAUUGUGAUUGCAUGUCCUUGAAGUUCAAAUUGGCCUUUACUUUCAAUAAUGGGAACUAAUCUGAGUUCUGGUCUUUAAAAUGA